GCGUUUAGUCAGAAGCGAGCUGUGUUUUGAUGCGUCUGGCUGCACGCAUUCGAUCGGAAACUAAGACUUUCCAGGCUUUUAGUGUUUGAUUUAAGUUUUUUGUAGUGAUCAACAGGUGUUUGUUUGUAUAAUUUUUCCGGUUUUGUGUGAUUUUAAAAUAGCUUCAACGCUAACACCUUCGCCGAAAUGCAAGGAGCGGCGCUUUUAAUAUUAGCCAUCUUGAAAAUCGCCUGGAUGGCAAACGCAACUGGUCACUACACAGUUGUCGCACCGGGCACCAUACAUACGAACGGAAAAUACAAUGUUGCCGUCGCUCUGCAUCAAGUCACCGAACCGGCAACAGUGCGAAUCAGUCUCCUGGGCCCACAAUAUAACGCUUCCAAAACCGUUGAGGUGCAACCGUACGAAGUGCAGUAUAUCGGCUUCAACGUGCCGGUACUGCGUGAUGGCGACUACAAUAUCACCGCGGAGGGCUUAAGCGGUCUGAUCUUCAAGAACUCAACCAAGCUCAAUCACAAUGUCUUUCAGACACAUGUGAAGAUACAAACCGAUAAGGGAAAGUAUAAACCAGGCGAUGUCGUCAACUUUCGCGUACUUUUUAUGGAUGAAAAUCUGAAACCAAGUGGUCCUUCAGCGAGCAGUGUUAUUUGGUUUGAGGAUGGCAAGCGCAACCGCAUUAAGGAAUACAAGAACUUUACUGUCACCAAAGGUGUCUACACGGGCCAAUUUCAAAUUUUCGAGUUUCCCGUACAGGGUAGGUAGCGCUUGGCGGUGGAUAACGGCGGUUGGCAUAGAACCAUUGUCAGCUUCGACGUGCAGAAAUAUGUUUUACCCAAAUAUAAGGUCACCGUUGAUGCCACUUCCAAAGUGUCGGUGAAGGAUGGUGAUAUGCAGGUUGUCGUCAGAGCCAACUAUACCUACGGCAAACCGGUUAAUGGAAAGGUCACACUGAUCAUGAAGCUGCAGUCUUUUUACUAUUCUCACAAAACCAACGACAACUCAACAGAUCCACCACAGCAAAUUAUAAAGACGACGGAUAUGGUGAAUGGUAAAGCGAAGUUCGAUCUCAACGUGAGCCAAUACAAAGACAGCUUCCUCAGCUUCAGAACCGCACCACUUGACAUUACAGCGACGGUGGAGGAGAAUUUCACCGGUGUCAAAAUUAACGGCACCAUAGGAACAACACUCUACCGCGACCGCUACUUUAUAAGCUGUCUGAUUUUCAAGAACUGCAACUGGUUCACAGCCGACGAGGAAGCGGAAAUGACAUUCCGUGUCGUGAGCUACGAUGGUGAACUAUUAAGAGCUUUGAAUACGCCCGUGCGCUUACGUUUCACCGAAUCGCUGAACAAAAAUUACUAUAAGGAUGAAAAUAAAACCGAACCCAAAAUAGAGAACCUAGUUUUGGAGUUUGAAGGCGUUUUGGAUGUCAAUAGCACAGCGGUGAUUAAGGUGAAGUUGCCAGCUCUGGCAAAGUUUGAUGGCUAUACACAUUUCUAUAAAAUAAAAGCAUUCUACAAGGAUGAGGAGCAUGACGUGUCGAACAUAUAUCAGAAGGAGCCGCCAAAAGUCACAGACGCGGUAAAGACAGUUGCGCCUACGACGCCGAAAUCUUUCUUUAAGGCACAGCUUGAGUAUCCAAAGGGACGUUUUACUUUUAACGCGGAUGAGGAAAUUAUACUGACUUUGAACUCCAGUGCGCCCCUAACAUAUUUCGACUACAACAUCGUGGGUCGUGGCAAUAUUUUGGUCAGCGAACGUAUUUUUGUGCCUAAUAAGGCCAAGACCUUUGAUUUAACAUUGACGCCUAAUUUCAUGUGGAUGCCGUAUGCCCGUUUUUACGCCUACUUUAUUGAUGAACUGGGUGAAUUUCGCUAUGCCGAGACGAGUUUACAAAUUAAGACGGAAAUGCAAAAUGAGUUAGAGAUUACUGCCCCAGCUGAGGUAAAACCUGGCGCAGAUGUCGCUCUACGCAUCAAAACCACACCACAUUCCUUUGUUGGGCUGCUCGCUGUUGAUCAGAGCGUACUACUUUUGGGUCGCAACAAUGAUAUUUCCGAAAAUGAUUUUAACUGGCGUCUAAGCUCCUAUACAACCUAUACACCUUGGCAGGGCGGUUACUCACGCUACCCGGGUGGACAAAGUGGUGUCGUAACCAUGACUAAUGGCAACUAUUUCUACAACUACACAGCGCCACACACGUCACCAGUUGACAACCGCUUCGAAGAUCUGACGGCUCUACGCGUACCGGAGGGUGCUGUGUCUCUCGCGGUAAUGCCGGCCUCAGGAGCAACGCCAGCAGUCGCCAGCCAGGAAGUUGUGGUACGCAGAGAUUUUUCAGAAACGUGGAUUUUCACAGAUAUUGAGGACACGCAAACGGCGGAGUUCAAUUGGACUAAAAAAAUCCCAGAUACCAUCACUUCUUGGGUGGUCUCAGGUUUUGCACUACAUCCGGAAAAAGGACUUGGUGUUACAACGCACAACACUGAUAUUGUCACAUUUCAGCCGUUCUUUAUAGCAGUGAGAUUGCCAUAUUCGGUGAAGAGAGGCGAGAUCAUCAAUGUGCCGGCUUUAGUCUUCAACUAUCUGAACAAAGCCUUAGAUGUCGAAAUCACGCUCGACAAUACCGAUGGCGAAUAUGAGUUCACCGAAAUCUCCAACGAGAUUUCCCGUGAAGUUAAAAGAACAAAACUUGUACACAUACCCGCACAGUCCUCAGCUGGAGUCGCAUUUAUGCUACGUCCCAAAAUCAUAGGCAAUAUCAUGUUGAAGUACACUGCUGUCUCAGCACUCGCUGGCGAUGCCAUACACAAGACGCUAAAAGUAGUACCCGAAGGCGUGACCGAGUAUGCGAAUCGCGCGUUCUUUGUAAAUCUCAAGCAGGCGCCUGAGCAACGACAAAGCUUCGAUUUAAUACUGCCACCUGAUGUAGUGCCUAACUCGGAACACAUUGAAGUUUCUGUGAUCGGCGAUUUACUGGGACCGCUUUUGAAUAACCUGGAGCAUUUAUUGCGCAUGCCAACCGGCUGUGCUGAGCAGACUAUGUCGACAUUGAUACCCAAUUAUUUAGUGCUGAAAUAUCUUAAGAACAUCAACAAGCUUACGCCAGCUUUGGAAUCAAAGAUACUGCAAAACUUGGAAACGGGUUAUCAACGUAUGCUCGGCUUUCGUCUGAAUGAUGGUUCGUUUGUCACAUUCCGCGCUAAGGACCGAAAUGAGAACGGUUCCGUCUGGCUUACCGCAUAUGUGGCGCGUUCGUUGCAUCAGCUGCAAGAGUUUAUAAAAGUUGACGAUGCUAUACUCGAGAAGAGCUUGCAAUAUCUCAGCAAGACACAAGCAGAAAACGGCAGUUUUGUGGACACAAACAACGUACGCUUCGGUGCAGAACGUCAGCAGGGUGUGGCAUUGACAGCGCAUGUCUUACUGACACUCAUAGAAAACAAGCAACUCACUAAGGAAUAUCAAGCCAAUGUCGACAAAGCCUUCGAUUUUAUUUUGGCGAACACUGAGAAAUCUACCAGUAUAUUCGCUAAGGCCAUAACCGCGUACGCCUUACAAUUAGCUAAGCAUCCUUCAGCAAGUAAGCAGCUUGAAUUACUAAAGUCAGCUGCGAAGACCGCUGAGGAUCGCAUGUGGUGGUCGGCUUCGGAACACCGUUCGCAGCAUUGGUGGCGCUGGAUACCUAAUGGAGACGUGGAGAUCACUUCCUAUGCGCUGCUAACGCUACUAGAUGAAGACCUUGUCGGUAUAGAUGAUUUAUUAUCGAUUGUGAAAUGGUUGGUGGCCCAACGGAAUAGCUAUGGUGGUUUCAUAUCCACCCAAGAUACCGUUGUCGGAUUACAAGCUCUAAUUGCCUUCGCCGAAAAAGCGCAGUAUGAACCUGGUGUAAUGGAAGUUCAAGUGCUGGCUAAAGGCGGUAUUGAACGCUCGGAUAGUAUAAUUGUUGACGAAAACAACGGACUGCUCCUGCAAACGGUGGAGCUUCCACACAAAACGCUCUCAGUGGAUUUCAUUGCGAAGGGCAAAGGUGCUGCCUUAGUACAAAUCGCCUAUCAGUACAAUGUGCUCGAGAAGGAGCCCCAACCAAGUUUUGAAAUAAAAACCAUAAUCAAUAAGAACACGCCAGUCUUAAAAUUGGAAAUGGACGCCUGUGUUGAAUAUAAGGGUGAAGGAGAUGCCUCAAAUAUGGCGAUUUUAGAAGUGACACUACCCUCGGGUUAUGUGGCCGAUACGGAUGCAUUCAAACUCAUUGAAGCCGUGCCUCGAGUCAGGCAAGUGGAAACCCAAAAAUCGGACACUUUGAUUGCCAUCUACUUCGAAAGUCUGCCGAAGGGCGAAAUUCAAUGUGUGCCUAUCGAAGCACUGCGCCAGUUUCCUGUUGCUCGUCAGAAACCCGCUUCGAUUGUGCUCUAUGAUUAUUAUGAUACUUUGAAACGGGCAACGGUAUACUACGAAGUCGCCUCGAAGUUGUGCGACAUAUGUGAGGACGAUGAGGAAUGCAAGAAAGCAUGUCCGUGAAGACAGCGAGAUUUUGUGAGAUCAAUAAUAAUCAUAUAAGAGAAUACUUUAUAUACAUUUAUCAAUAAAACGGUAAAACAGCGUUGUAAUAAUCA